AUGCCUCAGGAUAUGCCCCCGGCUGGGGGCUAUCGCCCCGUACAGUACAAGCGCAAUUUACCUGUCCGAGGUUUCCGACCCGUCUACUACCUCAUCGGAAUGCAUGCGAUAAUGGCCUACGGACUGUACAAACUCUUCAUUGGUACCCGCGAGCGAAAUGAACUUGCUCGAGAGAAGAUUUGGUCCCGAAUUCACCUUAUCCCCAUGCUACAAGCCGAGGAAGACCGAGACCAGGCAAGACGGUACUUUGCCGACAAAGCAAGAGAGAAGGAGCUGCUUGGAACUGACACCAAAAUAUACAACUCUGACCGAUUCGUGAGACCAACUUUCAUGUAUACCCCAGCUCCUUCGAAAUAG